AUGAGCAAGAAACUUUGUGGGACCAAUUACCCGCUCAGCAUCUGCUUCGUAGUGGUGAAUGAGUUCUGUGAACGCUUCUCCUACUAUGGCAUGAAAGCGGUGCUGACCCUGUACUUCCUCAGCUACCUGAAGUGGGACAAAGAUCUGUCCACUGCUGUCUACCAUGCCUUUAGUGGCCUUUGCUACUUCACACCCAUCCUGGGAGCCGUCAUUGCCGACUCCUGGCUCGGGAAAUUCAAAACCAUCAUCUACCUGUCUGUUGUUUACGUGAUCGGCCAUGUGGUCAAAUCUGUGGGAGCCAUUCCCAUCGUGGGGAACAAGGAUGCACACAUAGCUCUGUCCAUGCUAGGUCUGAUUCUCAUCGCUUUCGGCACUGGAGGAAUCAAACCGUGCGUGGCAGCAUUCGGAGGAGACCAGUUCGACGAGCAGCAUAUGAAAGAAAGGCAGAAGUUCUUCUCCAUUUUCUACAUGUCGGUGAAUGCUGGAAGCCUCCUGUCCACUUUGAUCACACCCGUACUGAAAGAGGGCGUGGGGUGUUUUGGUGAAGACUGCUACGCUCUUGCCUUUGGAGUUCCCGCUGCUUUGAUGAUAGUGGCAUUAGCUGUGUUCAUAGCUGGCAGCAAUCUGUACAAGAGGAAUCCACCUCAGGGAAACAUCCUGCUGCAAGUCUGCAACUACAUUGGUUUUGCCCUCAAAAACCGCUGGAACAGCUCCAAGUCCGACCCAAAGAGGGAGCACUGGUUGGACUGGGCAGAAGACAAAUACUCAAAGCGUCUAAUUCAGGAGAUCAAGAUUGUCCUGAGGGUUCUGGUGCUCUACAUCCCCCUGCCGAUGUUCUGGGCUCUUUUUGAUCAGCAGGGUUCCCGUUGGACUAUUCAAGCCACAAGGAUGAACUUGGCUUUUGGAGAAUCCUUCAUAAUUCAGCCUGAUCAGAUGCAGAUGCUGAAUGCUCUGAUGAUCCUGCUCUUGGUGCCCAUCUUUGACCUCAUCGUAUAUCCGCUCAUUGGCCUGUGUCGAGUCAACAUCACGCCUCUCAGGAAAAUGGCCACAGGGAUGAUUUUUGCAGCUCUCGCCUUCAGAGCAGCCACAUUGGUGGAAGUCAACGUUGUGAAAAUGGUGGUGGAAGCAGCCCCUGCAGGGGAAUGUCUCCUGCAGGUCAUCAACCUGGCUGAAGGAAACAUCAAAGUGAUUGUUCCUGACAGCACCCUGUUUCCAGACACCAUCCCACACCUUCAGGACCCUCCUAAAUAUGAAUUACUCCCCCUCGAGGCUUCCAUCAGAAAACUGGAUCUUGAGGUCUCUGUUCUUGGCGCAUCAACAGUGUGCAAUCUGACGUUUAAGGAGCAGAAGGUAUAUAGUCUCAUCGUUUACAAAGAAACCACUGAAAUCAAGUGCAAGCUGGUGGAAGACCACAUAUAUAAAAAUGAAAACGGGACUCCUAAUGUGUGGUUCCUCAACAUGCGACCGGAAGCCGUAAACGUAACUGUUGGAAAGGAGAAGUUUUUUGUGCCCCCUGAAUACAGCGUGUCUCCUAACAGGAGCAUGAAACGAGGAGAUUACUCAGCAGUGGGCUGCAGCUUCCAGUCUAAGAUGUGUGAAGAACUCAACCUGGGCCUGCUGGACUUUGGAGCUUCCUACACUUUCAUACUCAUAGAGGAAUCGGGGAAAAUCGUUGCUAGAAAGAUGGAGGACGUGAAAGCCAACAAUGUGCACAUCGCCUGGCAGAUCCCUCAGUACGCCCUCAUAACUACAGGAGAAGUCAUCUUCUCUAUCACAGGCAUGGAGUUCUCUUACUCGCAGGCUCCCACCAACAUGAAGUCGGUCCUGCUGGCCGGCUGCCUGUUCACGGUUGCGUUCGGGAACGCAAUUGUGCUGACUGUGGCAGAGGGCGCCGGGUUAGAACAGUGGAAAGAGUUCCUGCUGUUUGCCGGCCUCCUGCUGGGCGUUUGCAUAAUCUUCUCAAUCAUGGCUGCCUUUUACACGUAUGCCAACCCCGAACAGCUAGACAAGAUUUACCCGGAGGACUCGGAGAAGGACGAAGAUGACGACCACAUGAAGAAGAAAGACACGCUGAUGACAGAAACAGGAAAGAGAACCAGACAGUAA